CAUCUUCUCGCGCCGGCGAGGCGAAACCAGAACCACCAUCCCCCCACCGGCCAGCCACCGUCACCGUCAUUCGUCUAGGAGCGAGUGAGCGACGAGGGAGCCAGUAGACGGAACGGAACACGCUGCAUCAGAGACACACAAAUUAAGAGAUCGAUCAUGGGCAUGGAGAGAUCUUCUCAACCAUCUCCUCCGCCCCCCGUUUCCUCCCCUCCUUCCUCCUCGUCGUCCUCCAUCUCCGCGGAGGAAAUUCCUCAACGCAAGAGGGCGAGGGCGCACAAGGGAAGCAGGGCCGACAAGCCCAAGAGGCCCCGCAAAGAGGCGCCCCGCCAGACCCAGACCAAGGACGACCCCGCCGAUCCUGCUGCUCCCAAUGCCGCCGCCGCCAAGAGGAGCUCCGUCUACAGGGGAGUCACCAGGCACAGGUGGACAGGCAGGUUCGAGGCCCAUCUCUGGGACAAGCACUGCCUCACCUCCCUCCAGAACAAGAAGAAAGGCAGGCAAGUCUAUUUGGGGGCCUAUGAUACUGAGGAGGCAGCUGCUCGUGCAUAUGACCUUGCAGCUCUCAAAUACUGGGGUCCUGAAACUGUCCUGAAUUUCCCAGCGGAGGAUUACUCGGGCGAGAUGUCUGAGAUGGAGGGGGUGUCGCGGGAGGAGUACCUGGCCUCCCUCCGCCGCCGGAGCAGCGGCUUCUCCAGAGGGGUCUCCAAGUACAGAGGCGUCGCCAGGCAUCACCACAACGGGAGGUGGGAAGCGCGGAUUGGCCGAGUCUUUGGGAACAAGUACCUCUACUUAGGAACUUUCGACACUCAAGAGGAGGCAGCCAAGGCCUACGAUCUUGCAGCCAUUGAAUACCGAGGUGCCAAUGCUGUAACCAACUUCGACAUUAGCUGCUACCUGGACCACCCGCAGUUACUGGCGCAGCUCCAACAGGAGCCACAGGUGGUGCCAGCACUCAACCAAGAACCUCAACCUGAUCAGAGCGAAACUACAGUCCAAGAGUCUGACUCGAGCGAAGUGAAGACACCUGAUGACAUUGCAGAGCCUGAUGCUAAUGCACAGCCUGAUGACAGUGCAGAGCCCCUCACAGUCGAUGACAGUGCAGAGCCCCUCACAGUAAAUGACAGCAUCUAUGAGAGCUUAUGGAGCCCUUGUAUGGAUUACGAGCUGGAUAUCAUGUCAAGUUCUAACUUUGGCAGCUCAAUCAACCUGAGCGAGUGGUUCGCUGAUGCAGACUUUGGCAGCGACAUUGGGUGCCUGUUCGAUGGGUGUUCUGCAGUUGAUGAAGGCAGCAAGGAUGAUGUAGGUCUGGCAGAUUUCAGCUUGUUUGACGAAGGUGAUGGUAAGCAAAAGGAUGUUAUUUCAGAUAUGGAAGAGGGAAUACAUCCUUCAACAAUUAUCAGUGUGUGCAAUUGAUCCUGAAACUGACAUAUGCAUGCUGUCUGUGGGAUCCGAGAUAUCCAAGGAGGUUUUCACUUUUCAGGUGUCUUUUCUUGGGUAUACUUGAUUUGUCCAAUGCCAUAAUGCCACUACUGCAGAGAAGCUGAACUUCUUCUAGAAAGCCCCAUGGCAUAUUUAGCUUGGCAUUAGACAAAUGUGUUAAUGUUCUUUGAUUCUUUGAAUUUGCUCCAGGCUGCUUGACUAACCUUGAGAGAUCGUCUCACCUAGCCUAGAUUCAACUAAUCACAUCCUGAUGAAUCUGAAAUGUAAUUUAAGUGGUUGUGUAGCAUCACAGUUUUGUAUGGCAGUGCUGCCAAUGCAGCAUAUAUUCGUGCGUUUCAACA